GUGGUUUCAUUGCUGCUGCUGCUGCUGCUGCUGCUGCUGCUGCUGCUACGCGUCACUGUCCUGCUCACAAAGCGCAGCUCUGAUAUCCAACUUGACCUGACCCGGUGUAAUCCCCCAAAGUCAUUUUUGCUUUGCUCGACAAGGACUCGAGGCCGAUCACUUCAUCUCCGUCCGUCCUCUCGCAGCGCUCAUCCGCUCGCGCGACAGCAGCAGCCGCCACAGCCACAGCGCGCUGUCCAAAAAACCGGAGCAUUGGGAUACGUUAAUGUUGCGGUGAGGAAAGCAUUGUGGGAGGACUCUGUGCAUGACAAGCUGCUCACUGGAAGAUAGAGAGGCGAAUAAAAUCGCGAGGAGAAGCUCACGCACGACUCCAGCUCCACGGAAUCCCGACUUGUUUACCCUGUACCGGGCACAGAGGAGCACCGUUGCGCAGUCUUUACGCACAACCAAAGAGGGGACUUGGGGGGGCGUUUGUCUGUCACCACCAUGUCAGCCGCAACAGCUUCAAUAGCAGAUGUGUCCAGGACUGAUUUUACUAACCAAGAUGACUGGAAUAAGUCAGCUCAGAACCAGGCUCAGUGCACACCUGUGCCCCUGCCAGCACUGGGCACCCAGAGGAUCAUCCAGGGCAACGGCACAACUGUUGGGACAGUCAUUUCCCUGCAGUGCCCAGCCAAACACAAACUGGUUGGACGUGAGCUGAUCUGCGUCAUGGACACCAACAGCACCCAUUGGGUGGGGGAGACCUACUGUAAACCUCUGUCUCCUAUUGAGGACUAUGGUUUCCGUGUGGCGGUGCUGGCGUCCAUUGUAAGCUCGGCCAUAAUCUUCUUCAUGUCUGUGGCCUUCAUCACCUGCUGUUUGCUUGACUGUAUCAAAGAGGACAAAAGGAAAAGGCAUGAAAGGGAGUCUGAAAUGUGGCAGUGGGAGGAGCAGGUCCAACAUCAGGAGGACAACAGGUCUCGCUACGGCCAUAAAGGCAGGAACAACAACAACAACAACAACAACAACAGCCAGGACAAGGUGCUCUCACUGUGGGACACUGGUAACCCAGCUGUGUGUGACAGCAUGCGAGCCUGCAGAUGUCAUCAGCAGUAUGCUUAUGGUCCUGCCUGCACAUAUGGCCCCACUCCCCCACUCUCCACUCUCCCUGGCUACGACUACAGACAGCCUCUCUUACCCCGAAACCCAGAUUCUGCACAGCUCCCCGGUACACCUGAAAACCUCGGACCUCCUCAGUCACACUGUCAAACUGCAAGCCCAGGCCUGGUCCAGCUCUCAGCGGCGGGGCUUGGUGUGGCGAGGCAGUACGGAAGACAGCAGAGCAAUUUCUGUGGAGCGAAGCCAUCGACCGCAGACGAGUCCAACACGAGGAAUAUAAACGCUGCCAAAGAAUUUUCCAUUCGGAUUAUAUCAGUGUGAGGACACAUUACACAGGAGGUGAAUGCCAUCAGUCAAGAACUUGUUUACUGACAAAAUAUGUUGGUGUGUGCGACGAGGACUAUGAGAAGUAGUAACUGAACAUUCCUGAUCUUGUUGAAAUUAUAAUGCAGUUCUGCACAGUAUGAAGGAUCUGUAGGCAUACUGAUGAGACAGACUUAUGUGCCUUCUGUAAACUGCAAUGGCAUACUGCCCUCUGUCUGAAAAGGGGAGCUAUUGCACUUUCAGCACACCAGCCUUGACAGAUGACACUCCCUGUAUGUAGAACUCGGGACUUUCAUGCCCUCGAUUGAGCUUUUCAGAAAUAUUGUUUUGUAAGAAUUAAAGGUACAGUAGGUGACUUAUAGGAAAAUAACUUUUUGUCAUAUUUUCUGAAACUGUCAUGUCCCGACAGUCGUACAUGAGACAGACAAUCUGUGGAAACAUCAGUCCUUCUAAUGGCAUUUGCAAGAGUCCACCACCCUGAACCAAAACAACCAAUCAGAGCCAGGAGGAGUCUCUGGCACUCCCUGUUCACCCCCCCCCCCCCCCCCCCCCCCCCCCCCCC